UGAUGCGUUCUGUCCAACCCCGCCCCUUCAUUUAGACACACUGAAGUGUAAUCUUUGGCUGUCGGUACAUCAGCAUGCGCUCUGUUUUAGGAUUGAUUUUGGUAGUUCUCGGCGCAACGUUUUACCUCUAUUGGUUGUCUACCUACCUUCCACCACUUAGCCGACAGGUUCGGAUAGAAAAUGAAAGUGCCGAACAAGGUGAUAACGCCGGAGAGAAUCAAGAAGUCUUCCGAACAGUGGAAUACAGGUUGAAGUUCCCAUCAGACCUGAACGAGUUGAAAGAAAUGGCUGAGCUCCUGCAAUUCUACAGGCAGGAGCACACGUCUUACGUACUGCUACUCUUCUGCAGUGCAUACCUCUACAAGCAGGCAUUCGCAAUCCCUGGUUCCUCAUUCCUGAACAUCCUGGCGGGGGCUCUGUUUGGCCCGUGGGAGGGCCUCCCUCUGGCCUGCGUCCUCACCACCGUGGGGGCCUCUCUCUGCUACCUGCUCUCCCAGGCCUUUGGCAAGCAGCACAUCGUACGCCUCUUCCCUGAGAAGGUCGCCAUGUUUCAGAACAAGGUGGAAGACAAUAGGCACAGCCUGCUCUUCUUCUUGCUCUUCCUGCGCUUUUUCCCCAUGAGCCCCAACUGGUUCCUGAACAUGACUGCACCCAUCGUCAACAUCCCCAUCACGCUAUUCGCCCUCUCCAUCUUCAUAGGCCUGAUGCCGUACAACUUCAUCUGCGUGCAGACGGGCUCCAUGCUGUCGGAGCUGAGCUCGCUGGACGAGCUCCUGAGCUGGGCCACGCUGCUGCAGCUGCUGGCCAUGGCCGUGUGCGCCCUGCUGCCCGGGGCCCUCAUCCGCCACUACAGCCACAGCAGGCUCAAGCUGGACACGGGGCCCGAGAAGAACGGCGACGUCAGCGCGGAGCGCAAGACCAAGUGAACACCCUCGCUCACACACAUGUACAGUGCCAUACUCUACAUGCCUGCCCUGGGGCAAAACUAUGUUUGUGAAACCGACCUCCCUCUCAACACAUACCAUGUAAUGAAUUGUGGCCCCAAUUCUAGGCCCCCCUCCGCGCCCGGGCCUCGGACAACCUAGACGAUUGUCCUCGACUGUCAGCAGGCCUACACACACACACACACACACACACACACACACACACACACACACACACACACACACACACACACACACACACACACACACACACACACACACACACACACACACCCCUUCCGGACUUUGUGAUGAUGGAUCAUUGGUACUCCCCACACACACUAGACUAGCACUGGGCUAACACGCAAGCUGAGGGUCCUUCAGCUGAUUGGGGUGAGCUGGCCCGGACUGCAAGACCAAGUGAACACCCCUGUCCUGCCAACGCUACCAAAAUCAUCCUAGUGAUGAAGCGUGCCAUGCCCCCUCCACACACACACUAACACACACACCAGCAUUGGACUGCCUCUAGAACGAGUGUUAGUUUAAACCUCUCUGGAUUUUUUAAUUGUCUGUUUUGAAGAAGGGAAUGACGGAAGGAAGUACAGUAUAAUAUGUGUUGCUUGUUGUUGGGCUUGAUAUUCAUGUUGUUUGAGUUCUGCAUAUGGUAUAUCUAUCACAUGAUGGGAGGGCAUUGAUACUGUUGUGGUAAAAAGGAGAAUGUGUUUUACUCGCUACUUGCUAGCACUAUGUGUGCGCAUCACUACAAACUCACAAACUCCCAUCCUUUCCUCUCUCCUACAACCUCUUGCCUCAUUGUCAACUUCGAUGAGGUCAGUUGUGCAUUGUACAUUCAUUUAUCAUUCGAAACACUUACGUGAUAUUGCUUACUUUUAUGGCUUACUGUUCAGAUAUAUCAUGUUUGUAUUUUAAAUGUUAAAUGCGUUUAACACUUGACCAUAUCCAAGUUCAAAACGAGGGUGGAGGACAGAGCAAAGGACACAGGUUUGCCUCUAAAGUACAGAUGACAUUGCUCCACUGCAGCAAGGGGGCAGGGAUAUAAAUCCCAUUGAUGUCAGUGGUUAGUCUUGACGAGGAGGAAAUUUGACUAUAAAGUGUCAUGAUGUCAGAAUUACAAUACUAAUGCCUGCCCUGUGCUGUUGUAGCAACAUUUAGCCAGCCACAAGUGUUCAGGUACAAAACAACAAAAAUGUAUUGCAUGUACAUAGACUUUGGUGUACAUGUAAGGACACUGUUCAGUUGCGAGUGUACAAAUAUUUGCCUUUGAGGUCUUUGGAUCAAAUUGCCAUAUUUUAUACUGCUUGUUCAGAUACCCAAGUGCCUAAGACUAUACAAGACGUGUGGGGUACAUGUUUUUGUUUAAGAAGGGACAUAUCGCCUGGUAAAGAUAUUCCAUCUUUGUCAGGAAGAACUGUAAAUUUGGGUUCAUGGGCGUCUGGGUGGAGUCUUUUUUACUCCAUUUUUGCAAUGCCAAAGUGGUCUUGAACCAUUCUGCUGUAUUUUUCUCAUUCUGCUCAACACUCAUGACCCACAAAAGAUAAUCACCCACUUUUUGUUUCUUUUACUGUUUCAGCUGUUUUUUUGUGGUCCAUGGUAAAACCAAUUGAAUUUGUACUUUGGAAAUCAUGUGGUGCCCACAAAGAUGCCUAUAGAUUAACUGGGAAGUGAGGUCAUGAAUACUUUUGAAAAUGUGUUAUGAAAAAUAAAUGUAUAAUUUUAAUAGUUUGGAAUGCAUCUUCUGUUCA